AUGCCCAAGGCAACGACCCCUACCGCGGCGCGCCCCGGGCGGCGUCACAACCCCCUCGAAGACGAUGUCCUGGCCACGGGCAUCCUGCGGAACAAGCCGGCCAAGAGAAAGUCCAAGGAUGUCGACGAAUCCGAGGAGACGUUUGUCGACUCCAAGGCCUCCAAGAACAUUCUGCGGAUAGGCCGUGAGCUGAUGGAGGAGGAGAACGCCGAUAAGCCCGCACCAAAGACCACGGUGGACAACUUCGGCUACGACUCAAGAUUCGGCGAGGAGGAUGGGGAGCAGAAGGGUUACGACGACGACGAGGCCUGGGGCGAUGAGGAUGAGAUGGUGGAGGACGUCGAGGUUGAUCCUGAAGAUCUUGACACGUACAGGAAAUUCAUGGGAGACGAGGAGGAAGACGACCUGCUGAAGCACGGCUGGGAUCUUAAGGGUCCUGGACAAGCUCAGGGCGAGUCCGUCAACCUGGCCGAUCUGAUUCUGGAGAAGAUUGCCGCGCACGAGGCGGCGCAGGCUGGCGGAGGCAAUGUCCGUCCGCCCGACGAUGACUAUGAGCUUCCGCCCAAGGUCGUGGAAGUGUACACCAAGAUUGGCGAGAUCCUCUCCCGGUACAAGUCCGGACCUCUUCCCAAGCCCUUCAAGAUCCUGCCCACGAUCCCCCACUGGGAGGACAUCAUCGACGUCACCAGGCCCGAAAACUGGACCCCCAACGCCUGCUAUCAAGCGACGAGGAUAUUCGUCUCGGCCAAGCCCGGAGUGGUCCAGCGGUUCUUGGAGAUGGUCAUCUUGGAAAAGGUCCGCGAGGAUAUCUACGAGACGAAGAAGCUCAACGUCCACCUGUUCAACUCCCUCAAGAAGGCCCUUUACAAGCCUGCGGCGUUCUUCAAGGGCUUUCUGUUCCCUUUGAUCGGCAGCGGCACCUGCACGCUGCGAGAGGCGCACAUUAUCUCAGCAGUCUUGGCGCGGGUCUCCAUCCCCGUCCUGCACUCUGCCGCGGCCAUCAAGGGCCUUUGCGACAUUGCCGCUCAGGAGGCUUCUCAGGGCAGCGAAGGAGGUGGCGCGACCAACAUCUUCAUCAAGACGCUGCUGGAGAAGAAGUACGCGCUUCCCUACCAGGCCAUUGACGCUCUUGUCUUCCACUUCCUGAGAUUUCGCGCCGAGGACCCAGCUGCCGCUAGGGCUGGCGAUAACAUGACCGUCGUCAUGAGCGGGUCGGAUUACAGGGCCAAGCUGCCGGUUAUCUGGCACCAGAGCCUGCUGGCGUUUGCGCAGAGAUACAAGGGCGACAUUACCGAAGACCAGCGCGAGGCACUGCUGGACCUGCUGCUGACACACGGCCACUCUGCCAUUGGCCCUGAGGUCAGACGAGAACUGCUGGCCGGACGAGGCCGCGGAGUGCCCUUGGAGCCCCAGGGCGUGGCUCUGGAUGGCGACGACACGAUGGAGAUGGAUGCAUAA